AUGAACCCACAAAUCCUAAUUAUGUAUUUCCCCAUAAGCUGCUGGGGCGAGUAUGAGCCACCAAUGCAUUGCUGCGCUGCGGGUGUUGGGAUUCAGCUACCGUUCCACUUGAACUUCUCACAGUAUCAUCAGAAUGGUACAGCGGCCCCUGUCGACUGGGAAGCAGCUGCAAAGCAAUACUCUGCCCAUCGCGUACCGUCGCAGCAGCAAGAGGAGCAGCACCAACAAAAGGAAGCAAUCUCUGGGAAAAGGAAGAGAACGUCAAAGGUUUCCAAUUCCGUUGCCAAUGAUGCCGCUGAUGAAGACGAAGUAUUCGCUCCAGACGGAUACACAGAGAGAAGGGAUGAGAUAGGGGAGCUUCUCAAGCAAGCUGACCAGGCCCCUUAUUCCUAUGAAGCUCUACAAGCCCUCGUCUCUGCACUUUCUGCUGCUGACCCCGAGAGGCUAGACGAGUACGAAAGUGCUCUCGAGAGGCUUUUGUUUGAAUUUCCUCUCUUAUUCGGCUACUGGAAAAAGCUCGCCAAACUGCAAUGCGACAAAAAGGGAGACUGGAACAAAUGUGAAGAGGUGUUUGAGCGUUCUCUAGAGUUCGUUGGACACAACCCUCUUAUAUGGACGGCCUACUUUGAGUGGAUGCACGACUUCGCCUCUCUUCCUCCGCAUCUUAUCAGAGCCAGGAUGGAUCAGGCUAUAGAACGCGCAGGAGCACACUGGAAAGCGUGGCCUCUGUGGCAGAGUAUUCUGGACUGGGAAGAGGAAGAACUCUUUACAGCACGCGAGAAAAUAAUUUCAGCUGAGCAGGGAAUUUUCAAGGAAGAGCCUCAAGGCAGCGCUGUACAAAAGUUCGAAAACAAGUGCCAGGAGAGAGAAGCCCCCGAAAGUCUGACUGACAUCAACCGAGCGCGCAUGCAAACUGCGCUGGAAAGGCUGCGCAUGCUGUACUUCCAGCUGCUCCGCACGCCUUUAGAGGCAUCCGACUUGAGCUGGGAAAGGCUCAAGACUUUGGUUGAGAAGGGCAGUCGCAGCAGCAUCAAGAGUCGGAGGGGCCCUCGGCUAGGGGGAAACUCGGAGGGGCCCUUCGGGGAUGGAGGCAGCAGCAGCACAAAGGGGGGGGGCCCCUCCACGCUGUUUGACGUGUAUGAUCUCCUUGGCGAUGAGUUGCUGCCACAGCUGCUGCAGCGGCUGCAGCAGCAGAAGAGCACGACGCUUCAAGAUCUGCAGCUUGCUAUCGAUGCAGCAGCGACAGCAGAACAAGUUUCAUCUGCAGAUCCAGCAGCCGAAAGAGCCGCAAUCAAGGAAAAAGGCAAGCCCUCUAAUGCCGCGAUUGAUAAUGCUGCUGUCGCUAAGGGCAGUGCCUAUGCAAGACAGUGCGCUCCAACAAGUCCUUUGCUGUGCGCUGCCUGCAGUGUCAGCCUUGGCCUCCCUGAAUGCUGUAGACAAGGAGUGCUGGCAGCUGUUGAGGGAGUUGCUAGAUGCAACUUUGGCGCAGGCAGAACAGAGAAGACCCUUCGAGCGAGCGGUCAGUACAAGCAGCCAGCCAUAAACACACACCGAUGGUUUUGGCAUCCCGAUCCUCUCGCCCCCCGCCGCCUCUGUGCAUGGCGAGAGUACCUUGACUUUGAAGAAAAAAAUGCACCAGAGCGCCUGGACCUGCUGCAACGCCGCUGUCUGGAAGUGUGCGCCUGCUAUCCGGAAUUUUGGCUUCGAUGUGCUAAGCAAAGGAAACAAAAGAGCGUAGAUGACGCUUUAAGUCUUCUUGAGUUUGGUACGACAAAGGUUCUGAAGCGGCGGAGGGACAUGGCAUGCGUUUACGCCUCACAAUUGGAGGCUUGCGGCCGUUUCAAGGAGGCUGCAAGGGAAUUUGAGGCCCUUGUCAGGCCUCCCAUGGAUGCGGCUUCUCUCAAGUAUUUCGUGGCGCUGCUGCAAUUCUCUCUGCGGCAUCCUCCUGAGACAGCAACCGACGGCUUGAGUCACGCGUUGCUGCUCCUGCAGGAGGCAGCCGACAAGUACCGAGACAAUGCCCCCUGUGCAGAGCUGAUACAUCUCUACAGAGCCAAGUUGGUUGCUUUUCACGAGGGAGAUACCAAAAAAGCACUCUGCAUCCUGGCGCGAGCUCGAGAAUCGCUCCCCAAGAGCCUACCACUCCUGUUGCUGCAACUUCGACUGCAGCAACAGCAACACGCAGGAGAUCCGCAAAAAAUACUCUCUGCAUGCAGGCACCUCCUUUCUGAUGUCCUCUCCAACUCAGAUGCGGAUGUGUGGCUUCGGUGGCAAGUUCUAAAGCUGCAGAUUCAUCUCUGUGAGUUUUACGGCGCUUCCACGGAGACUCUUUAUGCCGCAAGAGAUGCAGCAACAGCCUUUUUAGAGAAGCACAAGGAAGAGAUCGAUGCGCUUUUAGCAAAUGUAGAACUGCGACGUCUCCCGCAGCAGCUGCUGCUGCCUUACGGAGAGAAGGAGAAUGAAGGUCCUACAGUAGCAGCAGCUUCAGCAACAGAUUGGUGCAACGGAGAAUCUCAAGCAAGCGCAGAGGUUAGUGUUUUUUCUAGCACACACAAGCUGCUAUCUCCCGCUGCUGCUGCUACUGCUGCUGCAGCUUCCCCAGCAGCAGCGGCAGACUCUUGCUCCUCUCACCCUCUAGCAUGGUCCUUUGACGCAGUCUCGCCAGCAGCAGCUUGCAGCCAUUCCAGCAGCACAGCUUGCUGCAGCAGGAACUGGAGCUCUGUCGCUAGCAGCUACAUCAGCACCCGUAACAGCAUCCCAAAGGAAGCAUCUUUCACGCCGUCUGCUCUGCUCAUUACGGAUGAUGGAAUUCUCCAGUAUCUCCACGCGUCAACCCCCUCUUUCGCCUCAGCAGCAGCUGCAGGUACUUCCGCUGCCGCGUCAGGUGUAUGUACAGCAAUCGCAGAACGCACACCUCUUUGGCCUUGGCGUGGAGCUUCAUGGCAAUCUGAAGACGUUUCAACAGCUCAUCAAAACGAAACACUAACAACAGCCAAAGCGACACCUCAAGCAGCGGCAAUCGCCAAAGCCAUAGACCCCUGCCGUCAAACUUCCCCUGCAGUCAUGAUGGCGUUGACAGCAUGCAUUCGCAGUGUCGACUAUUGGAGCAGCAGCAACCCCUGUAGCGUUCCAUGGGAAGAUGCCGCUGCUGCGGCUGUGUCUGCCUUGCACCUCGAUAGCAGCAUUGCUGCGAGGGAUCCUCUAGAGUCUGCCGAAGAGUCAUUUUCCUCGACUAUGCCCCAGAUGGACGCUGCUGUGCAGUUUUUGGCGGCGGAAGCUCCAGCAAGUGCAGUUUCUGAGGACUGUGCAGUGGAGGGUGGGGUUGUUUUGACAGCAGGGAUGGAUGCUUUUCUGACGAUCAACAGCAGUCCAGCUUCAACGGUUGCCUCUGACUCCGUGGCAGCAACUGAGGAAACUGAGACGUCGUCAGAAAGUCUCGCCGUAUCGUCUCCCCAGCGGCUGCCUGUCAAGCAGCUGAUAGGCAGACACAUUGCAGAAGCGGGUAGAGGCCUCUCCUUCAUGCGCAGUUUUUCCUUGCACAAUCUGCGUGUGGCUUUGGAGUGUGGAUCUCUUUGCCCUCCUGCUCCAGAGGCACUGAAGUCGCUCUCUUUCGGCGAAGUUGUUGGCUGUCUGUGCUACGAGGCAGCAGCAGCGUCUUUGGAGGCUGCCGUCUGCGAGUGGCAUCGCUGGCAGCCCCCUCCGGAAGUGCUUUUCGAUGCUGAAACGCCUACACCUGCUGCAGAUUCUUCGGCAAAAAGGCUUGGAGAGAAAGCUGCUGUACAAAAGCAGGAUGAUUCAGAGGCAAAGGCAGAAGCAGACAGAGCGCGUGUUGCACGUGUGCUGUGGGGGGUGGUGACUCCGUCGUCAUCGCAGACACAGAGGGGCGUCGAAGCAGGCAAAGGCGACGCUAAAGAAGAAGACAUCAAUCCGCAUCCAUUGCCACUGAGUAACUACAUAGCGAAUUCUAUGAGAAAAGUCGCUCGGCCUUUGGAGUGUAUGAAGUGGUAUGACGCCUAUAUUGCAUUCAGAAGGUCGCAGACUCAUGAGCCUCUAGUCCCUUGCUCUAGCCCUAUUCCCACCCUCCUGCGGCUCAGUUGUGUGCAAACCAUUCUACAGUACUGCCCCAAAGGGGCAGGGAGGAUACAUGCGGCUGCAGCACCGCUGCCACUACGGGUUGAGCGAAGGCACACAUUGCGAAGGGAGCAAUACAGCGCAGCCUUACGGCAUGGGAAGAGAGAAACAGUUGCACGAGAAGCUAAAACUACAGGGUAG